UACGAAAAGAAAAAGAUCGAAUAUCGAAUACUACGGAUUGUUCCAACAGCGGGUGGUGUUGGAAGAGCGAAACAAAACCGACCAGAACAUCGCACGAGGAGAGAGAAUGGGCGAUUCCGCUGUUCUGGGACUUACCCGCCAUGCCGCAUCCAGGCCGGCCCACAAAACCUUCCGGGUGCUGCGGAUGGCCGCCAUCGCGGCGGCAGUGCUUGCCACUCUGUGCUCCGUCGAGACGUCGGUAUUUGUGGCGGUGGGCACGGGGGCAGCGCUUGGCUCGGAAGGUACUGCCGUUGCACCGCUUCCCGGAACGCCGGUCGCGACACGCAACCACCAUUCUGCUACUCGGGAUUUAGCCUCGCACUCCUUGGUGAUCGGUGUUCCGGGAUCGGACGAAUUGGCGUCGCCAUCGCUGGCGUUGUCUUCCCUCCCCACACACAACCAAACCGCCACCGCCGAGCGCAUCGCCGAGAGGGAAAAGCCUCGGUAUCCGUGGAACUGCAUGUCGCGGCCGGGCACCGGGCCCCACCAGCUCCUUGGAAUCCUGCUGGUGGGCAAGGCCGACACGUCGACGAUCGGGGACUGGCUCCACCGGCACCACGGCCUCUUCGAGAUGCUAGUGGCGAUCGACGGAUCGGAAUCCCACUCCGUCCGGCGGCUGCUGGAGAACUACCCAAACGUGCGGCGCCUGGAGGAAUCGGAAGCGCUAAAGACCGCAAACGUGGCAAGGAUCACGGACCAAACCAUCCGGAAGCCGGCCAUGGCGAUCCUCGGCAACCCCGUCGGCUGCUGGGUGAUGGUGUGCCAUCCCGACGAGUUCUGGGUGGUCGAUCCCAGGGAGCUGACGAGGCACGUUGCCGCAAAGAACGGCACCGAUGACAAGGCUCCCUACAACGUCAUCAGCCUCUCGGUACUCACGGCGAGCCCCUUGGAAAGCGAAUACCACCAAUCGGUACGGGGGUUCGGGAAUCGGGUUUCUUUUCCGGAUCCCCGUGUCGGCAGCGAUGGGACCGGCGAUGCCUUUCACAUCAUGGACGUCUCCCGGUUCACCUCGAGGCACCACAAGCGCUACAAAGAAGAACGCUUCGUCCUCUGGGAAGAAGGGAUGCGGUGGGGAACCGGCCACAGCAAAACGGUCCCGAAACACAUGCCCAACGGCGGGCAGCGGACCUUUCUUUCCGACGAGUAUUUCUAUGUCCACUUCAAGAUGCACGACUUUGGCUCUGCGGCUUUGGGAGCGGCGGUGAACGAAUCGACGGGCCGGUUCGUCCGCUCCGGGCUGAACACGGGGCUGAAGGCUGCCAGCCACAAGGGCUGGAGGGGGACCUUUCUGGACGAAACGGAACCCGAUCGGGUCUCGAGGUUUCCACCGGAACCGCUAUCCUCCGCCAUCGACGAGCGAUGCGAUUCGCUCCGCAAGGCUGCCACGAGUGACCCCGUUUCGCCCACCCAGGGUCGGGGGUUUGGGAUUCCUCUUUGCACCCUGCCGUGGAACGUGGAUGCUUCCUUUCGUGGACGACAAAGGGUGUCGGCGACGGAACGACUCGGUGGGUGACCAAGCGACAAGAAACCCACGCAGCGAAU